CGUUACGAACGUUCCGCACGAGCAAUUAUAAAGAGAGCGCGGGCCUUCUUCCCAUGUCGACCGUAGCACUGCUCGUACCACCACCAACUCUCGCGAGGCCCCCGGCUCUGCGCUCCCGUCACAUCGGCUUUCUCUCAAGAUCCUGCAAGCUCGGCUCGUCGCGAGUAACCGCCAUGUCGUCGUCGUCGUCCGAUCCGUCGCUGGCGACCGAGGCGCCCCAGGCGGCCGUCACCAGCGAGCGCAAGCUCAACCGCGACCUGCAGGAGCAGCUCGCCAAGCCAUAUCUGGCCAGAGCAAUGGCGGCGGUUGACCCGAGCCACCCGGAGGGCAGCAAGGGGAGGGACACCAAGGGCAUGAGCGUGCUCCAGCAGCACGCCGCCUUCUUCGACCGCAACGGCGACGGGGUCAUCUACCCAUGGGAGACCUUCCAGAGCCUGCGAGCAAUCGGGCUUGGGUCGCCUUCAGCCUUCGGAACAUCCAUACUCCUCCACCUCGUCCUCACUUAUCCUACUCAACCGGGAUGGAUGCCUUCCCCUCUGCUGUCGAUCCAUAUAAAGAACAUCCACAGGGGCAAGCACGGGAGCGAUUCUGAGACGUAUGACACAGAAGGGAGGUUUGAACCAGCGAAAUUCGAUGCUAUAUUCAGCAAGUUUGGCAAAACUCGGCCAAAUGCUUUGUCAGAAGAUGAGAUUAACGCCAUGCUUAAAUACAACCGCAAUAUGUAUGAUUUCCUGGGCUGGGCCGCGGCCAACCUCGAAUGGAAGUUGCUGCACAAGGUGGCAAAGGAUAACGAAGGCUUUUUGCAGCGAGAAAUCGUGCGGGGCGCCUUCGAUGGCAGCCUGUUCGAGCGUCUGCAGGAAAGCAAGAAAUCUACCUGAAUGUGGCAGUGAGCCUCGUCUCUAAAAUAUCUGCACUUGAAAUUUGAAAAGCCCCCCUGCAUUGUAGUUUGAGUUGUGUACGUCAAAUAAGAAGUGUUUGGCCCGUCUGCGGCGGCCUAAACAUUUUCAUUUGCAUUGUUAUUUUGAACUGGAAUUUGUAUUUUUAUUGGUAGCGCACAGAAGGUGUACAGUGGAACUUGUAAUGUGCACUCGUGAAUCAUCAUUACCUCGCAUAAUAUAGGCGUGUCUCUUUCUA